AUGGCGUCGGAUGCCUCCAUAGCCAGCGGCCCUGCCGCCCCUACCGGCGCACGCCGCUCAGUCGACGCCAACGCCGACGAUGCCCUCGCCAAGAUGGGUUACAAGGCCGAACUGCCGCGCAGUCUCAGCAUGCUCUCGGUUCUUGGUCUCUCCUUCGCCAUCAUGGCGGUGCCCUACGGUCUCAGCACUACCUUCUACAUCAGUCUCUCCAACGGCCAGUCGGUAACCAUCAUCUGGGGUUGGGUUCUCUUGUCGCUCAUUUCAACUGCCAUUGCCGCUUCGCUCGCCGAGAUCUGCUCCGUCUACCCGACCGCCGGUGGCGUCUACUACUGGGCCGCCCUGCUGGCCUCGCCCAAAUGGGCUCCCAUCGCUAGCUGGGUCACGGGCUGGCUCACCCUCGUCGGAAACUGGACCGUGACCCUUUCCAUCAACUUUGGUGGCGCCCAGCUCAUCCUCAGUGCCAUCUCGCUGUGGGACGAAGAGUACGUGGCGACGCCGUGGCAGACCAUCCUCAUGUUCUGGGCCGUCAUGCUGCUUUGCUACCUCAUCAACGUCUUCGGCUCCAAGUAUCUUGACCAGAUCAACACGCUCUGCAUCUACUGGACGGGUGCCUCCAUCGUCAUCAUCCUCAUCGUCCUGCUUGCCAUGGCGCCCAACAAGCGCGACGGCGAAUUCGUCUUUACACACUACGAUGCCUCGGCCUCGGGCUGGCCAUGGGGCUGGUCUUUCUUCGUCGGCCUGCUGCAGCCGGCCUACGUGCUGACGGGCUACGGCAUGGUGGCCGCCAUGUGUGAGGAGGUGCAGUCGCCCGAGCGCGAGGUGCCCAAGGCUAUCGUGCUCUCCGUCGUUGCCGCCGGUAUCACUGGUCUCGUCUACCUUAUCCCUGUCCUCUUUGUGCUUCCCGACGUUUCGACGCUCCUCGCAAUUGCCAACGGCCAGCCCAUUGGCUACGUCUUCAAGACGGCCACGGGCAGUGCCGGCGGCGGCUUCGGUCUCCUCUUCCUCAUCCUCGGCAUCUGGCUCUUCGCCGGUGUUGGCGCCCUGACGGCCUCGAGCCGCUGCACUUAUGCCUUUGCCCGUGAUGGCGCCAUCCCCGGCUCGGGCCUCUGGAGUCGCGUCGACCACCGCUUCGGCCUGCCCCUCUGGGCCCUGACUCUCUCCACCAUCAUCGACUGUCUGCUGGGCCUCAUCUACUUUGGCUCCUCGGCCGCCUUCAGCAGCUUCACCGGUGUCGCCACCAUCUGCCUGUCGACGUCCUACGGCCUGCCCAUCCUCGUGUCCCUCUGCCAGGGCCGUCGCCACCUUGCCCACGCCAGCUACUCGCUGGGACGCUUCGGUUUCAUCAUCAACGUCACGACCCUCCUCUGGAUCGUCCUGGCCAUCGUGCUGUUCUGCAUGCCCACCAAUUUGACCGGCCUCGACGCUGGCACCAUGAACUACGCCAGCGUCGUCUUUGCCGGUUUCGCCCUCAUCAGCCUCGUCUGGUACUUUGCCUGGGGUCGCAAGCACUUUUCGGGCCCGCCCGUUCUUUCGUCUCUGACUGCCGACGGUGGCGUUGGCGUCGUCCGCGGCCAGGCGGUCGAUAUCGAGACCCCAAAAGAUGAGAAGCUCGCCAAGUCGGCGUCUCCGGAAAGGGAGUAA